AUGUUGAAAAUAUGGUCUAUGAAACAGAAGCAGCAGCAAGCUGAGAACUCCGAAGGAGGCGGUGGUGCGGUAGAAACGAAAAAGAAGAAAAAGGUCACCGCAUCUCAGCUACGAGUACAGCGCGAUCUCGCGGAGCUCUCUCUCGGCAGCACGAUGAAAAUGACCUUUCCUAAUCCCGACGAUAUCUUAAAAUUCAUUCUAAUUAUCGAGCCGGAUGAGGGCAUGUACCGUGGUGGAACGUUUUCCUUCACCUUCACCAUCAACCAGAAUUUCCCGCACGAUCCUCCAAAAGUAAAAGGCCAGCAGAAGAUAUAUCACCCCAACAUUGAUCUUGAAGGAAAUGUCUGUCUCAACAUCUUGAGAGAAGACUGGAAACCUGUGUUAAACUUGAAUGCCGUCAUUGUUGGACUACAGUUCCUCUUUCUCGAGCCAAACGCCUCUGACCCUUUAAACAAAGAAGCAGCCGACGAUCUACGACUUAACCACGAGGGAUUCAAGCGGAACGUUCGAACAGCCAUGGCGGGAGGCACCAUUAAAAAUAUACAAUACGAUCGUGUUACACGAUAA